AUGGCGGUGCAGAAGGCUGUUUGCGUCAUGGCCGGCGACUCCCCCGUCAAAGGCGUCAUUUUCUUCGAGCAGAAGGCGAGUGCCGGGCUUGAGGGAGCGGCUCCCCGUCCUUCGGGGUGUCCGGCGCUGUGAGGCUGCUCGCCCGCCUGGUCCCGCUCCAGGCUGCGCGCCGCCGCCGGGCUUUCCCUCGCGAGGCGGCUGGGUUGGGAGGCGGGAGGAGGCUGCUGCGCCCACUCAGGUAUUAGCUGCGCGCUGAAGGUCGCUGGCCGCCCUCCCCUCCGGAGUCAGGGCCGCUCCUGUCAGCCGGGCUCGCCGUCGGGGCUGCAGCCUUGGGCCGAGCGGUGGGAGCUAGAGCAGGCGCCGUGGCUCUGUGGCAUCAGGCCAGGCCUCUCGUGCGGCCUCUGCCUAGCGUGACCUGGCUCCGAUAGAGGCGGCCGGCAGAGCUCAGAUUAGAUAAAAGGUAGCUGGGCGAGUUCCAAUGAACUUUAGCCCGUUUACAAAACAGAAAGCGUAAGAGCUAACUCGUGGGCUUUUUAGGGGAUGGAAGUCGUGGGGAAGGCUUCUAGGGAAGGGGAAACGGUUCGUUCCAGUUCUGCAUAAAAUCUAAACCCGCAGGUAUUUUGAGGUGCAAUAACUCGCUUCCUCCGUCAGGACCGGUAGAAUGAGUAUCUCGGCUCUUUCAGGCUGCCACUUUCCCUUCCUCUUGGCGCCACCGUUGGGCAAACGUUGCCCAUAGCUGCUCUGGGGCACCUGUUUCUUUCCUUUCUCUUUAUUAUAUACAUAGCCAAAGAAAGGGAAAUGUGCUGCAAACCUGGUUCUGUCCUCCCUGCCCAAAAGAAAAGGGACAAUAUGCUGAGUCAUGGCUGCUGGAAAGCGUAACUUAAACCAACUUGCUCUUGAGGGAGAAAAAAGAAGAGUGAGAAUUGUGAACUCUAAUCUCCUGGGCAAACAGGUUUUGCAGCCUCUGCUGAAUUUACUUAGGUUUUUGUUCAUGUGAUGUACACGCAUAAGCUAGGGGAAAAUGUAACGCGUCGUUGAAAUAAUGUGAAUAGCAGGACAGAAGCAUAGCUAUGAAGUAUUUAAUAGUGAAUGAGGAUCUUUGUGCUAGAUCUUUGAAAGUUUGUGUAUAUGUAUUUUAUGUGUUGUAGGUUUUAAUAAAUGUAUAAAUAUCUUUUUAAAAGCUGCUAUAGAUGAUAGUAUGAAUGCAUUUAGAAAGAUCUGUUACUCUAGUUACCUUUAACUAUGAAGAAAGCAUGUCUGGUUCAAAGAGGUUUAAUAGACUGUAUUAGGUAAAGGUACCCCUGACAGUUAGGUCCAGUCGUGGACGACUCUGGGGUUGUGUGCUCAUCUCGCUCUAUAGGCCGAGGGAGCUGGCCUAUAUUACUGUAUUAGCAGGACUGUAAAUGUAAUAUACAGAGCAAUACAUUAUGGCAGGUGGGUAGCCAGUGUGGUGGCCCCGAUCAUCAUUCCUGAACAUUGGGCAGGCUGGGGAACAACAGGACAGUACCAUGUCAACUAUUGCUGCCUUAUUGACACCAUGACUAUUUCUAGUUUCAAAUAUAUUAAGUGAGAGAGCACAUGGGAAUUUGAUAGAAAAGAAUUAUUUAUAUAUUGUUGCAUUUGGCAGUAUAUUUCAGAACUAGUAUGGAAUUCAUUGAACCUUAACCUUUAGUGUCACGGUUUAGGCUCCAAAAGUUCUGAUGGUGCUUAACUAUUUGAGGGACUUUGCUGUAUCUUUGGAAAUACUUGCAUGCUUAUAGACAUUUCUAUGGAGACUUCACUGACACCAGUGCAGUGCAGUCCAUUGCAAGCAGGAUGAAAAUGAUUUCGAACAUUUGUGCUUUUUGAUCAUUUGAUCCUCAAGAUAGAUUACAACAUCUUACAAACUACAACACAGCCUUUAUUCCAAAUAACUAUAUCCCUGUAAAAUACUCUUUAAUUUUCAUGUAAUGUAUACUGGUGUAGUGAUUUUGUUGGAUUCCAUAUAAUAUUUUUUAUGUAGCGGUGUGGAAGUCUGGAAACUAUUUGUUACAGUUCAAGCUACAUCUUGUCAUCCUCAGCAGGUUUGCAUCCUAUGCAAUUUCUAAUUUAAUGUAGCAGUAUCCUGCUGUUGUGAACAAAUCAUCUCUGAAGUGAGUAAAUAACUACAGUCAACAUUAAUAGGCUGUGGGAUAAAUACUUGCCUAAGUGGAAUGUAAGCACAGACUUGCAUAUCAUUCAUAGCUAAGUUUGUGAAAUAUUUUGCCCAAGGCUAUUUAAUGUGCAUGCUUAUAUUGUUAAACAGCUAACCAGAAAAUUAAAAAACACACCAAUGUGCACCUUUGACAUGUUGUCUAGAUUUCAUUAUAUUACUACUAACAUAGGAGGCCCUGGUUGAAAUGGGGCAUAUCACUUUCUGCCUACCUUAAAUAAUACUGCUGUUGGACUAAACAGCUAUGCCAGAAGAUUCUACAGAUCAGCAGAGGGUUUUGUGGAUCCACUGUUUCACCGUCAGCCAACACCUGAAAUACAUUAGCAGCUUUUUCUGCCCCCUCCCUCUGGAAGAGUCUGGAACCUGAAUGGUCAUUGACUGCCGGGGAGCAAGAGACUCCAUCAUAUGCAUGACCUCAAGUUCUUUCUUAUAAUUGUGAAUUGCAGGGAAUAAAUAUAAUUAACUAUCAGCAGUAAUGAAAAGUCAGGUUUAACCAUUUUAUCAGGGAAAUGCUUCAUUUCUGAAUGCAUUUAUUAAAAUGAGAUUGUGUGAAUCCAAUAAGAUAAAAUGCUACUCAAAGCAGCAUUGUAACAAAUCUAGUUUAAUCAGAAACAAAAUGUUGAUUUGUAUCUUCAGUUUGAAGUUUAUAAUGCAUCCUAGGGAGUAGUUUACGAAAUGUACACUUACUAAGCAACUUGAAUUGCUGUUGGUUAUGAGCAUUGCUUUAUGAGCAGCUUUAAAUGUCAGGCAUCCCAUCGAGGUCACUAAAAAGCAUUUAACAUGUUGGCUCUCCAUAUAGCAGGUGUAAACCUUGCAUUCUUGGUUUUGGCAUAAGUGCAUGCAUCACACCCUUGUCUGUCACUGGAGAGACACUUAUCUGGACCAAGGUGUGCAUAAGAAGUUUCCAAACAAAUACACCUCUUUGAUACACCACCAAAAUCCAGUUGUGGGACUGUAGGCACGAUGAUAAUAAUAAUAAUAAUAAUAAUAAUAAUAAUAAUAAUAAUAAUAAAUAUUAAUAUUAAUAAUUUAUUAUUUAUACCCCCAUCCAUCUGGCUGCGUUUCCCCAGCCACUCUGGGCGACUUCCAACACAAUAUUAAAAUACAGUAAUGCAUCAAACAUUAAAAGCUUUCCUAAACAGGGCUGCCUUCAGAUGAAGACAGUAAGAUUUUCUAGGUUCGUGCUGAGUACUAUGCCAACAUUCUACUGUAGGAUCAUACUUAAGCAUGUAUUGCUUGAAGAAUCAGUUCUCUCCUCUGUACAAUGUCAUUUUCCUUGGAGAUGGAAGGACUUUAAAAUGGGUGGUUUGUCUGAAUCUUUCUAUUCAUACUAAUCUGUUUCAGGGUAACGGACCUGUAACUGUUUCAGGAAGUAUUAGUGGGUUAACUCCAGGAAAACAUGGGUUCCACGUCCAUGAAUUUGGAGACAACACAAACGGUAACAUUAUUGUUUUUGCUCUUACAACCUACAAAAUGUUUUCUAACAACAGAAACAUAUAUGGCCAAUAGUGUCUUAAGAAUGUAAAUAUUAGAUUGCUAAGCAAUAAAUAUACUUCCACUCUUGGGGAAGCAGUUUUGUAUUUAGCUUGUGAUGUGCAUGAUACUGGCCUAGGCAUUAAACACAGGAACUCUUCAAAUCUCUAAAGGGAGGGAGACAGGUUACCUUGACAAUCUUCUCCCUCACACUUUUAAUUUAAAUUGUGUUAGAUUAUGUUCAUAAGCAUCCUGAUAAAAUAUAUUGUUUAUAAAAGAUAAAGAAAAAGAGUUUAAGGCUAAGUCCUGAGAGCUAUCUUAUAUGGAUUUGCAUAAUGUGGGGAAAAUACUGACUUCGGGUAACUUCUUAUAGGAUGUACCAGUGCAGGCCCUCACUUCAAUCCUGAGGGGAAAAUGCAUGGUGGACCAGAAGAUGAAGAAAGGUUUAGUAUAAAACAAGUUUCCUAUUUGUGUAUGAUCUUGAAGUACCUUCUACCUUCUAAUAUAAUGGCUUGCUUCCCAUCAAGUAACAGUGCAUUGCAUUAUCUCCCAACACAGUGAAGAACCAGGAUAGGUUCCUGUGCUGCAGACAAAUGUAAAACUGUAGAUGGGACCUAAAAUUCUGUGUAUUUCACUUUUGGGGCAUCCCUUUUUUCUAUUUACUGUAAUACAUCUAGGAUAACUAUAGAAACAACUGGACUGGAAAUUAGUAGUAAGAAAACUGUCCCUUAUUUAUUCAAGCAAUAGUGUCUAAAAGGACUCCUAGCCGAGUAUGUACUAGCGCAGGAGAAAUUAAGGACUAAUGCUCAUUUUUCUUAAAUUUUUCUUAUUUGUUGCUCUCUUCAGUGGCACAGUCUGCCAGUUGUGUCUGGGUAUUACUGUUCUACCGCUGGUCCACACCUCUUUCGGUUUGUAGACACUGUGCAAGGCUUCCUUCUCCCAGUGGUGUCCUUUUUCUGUCACCUCCUAUUCAUUCCUCAGAUCCUACUUCAUAGCUCGUCCUUCCUGAUGCCUGUUUGGCUUUCAUAAUUGUGGGCACCCAGCUCACUUGGUUCCUCAGUUCAUUUCUGAAGGAUACUUCUGUCCAUAGACCUUAAGAAUAUAAGUCAAACUUGCCUUGUUAUGCAACUGCUCUGUUGGUCAAUCAUUUAGCGAACAUUCGGUGAUUUUUUGCUGCAACACAGUCAAUUAGAGUGGUCUGAUGGGGUGGAGGGCUUGAAGGCAACAGCUAAUUUUUAACCUCCUGAAUUGGUAAAAAGGCGAUGAAUAGAUGUGUCGAGUACUGCUUCUUAUUCAAAAGGGUUACUGACGUGUUCUCAAAUUAAAUAAUUUAAAAUAAAGCACAGAAAACAUUAAGGCGAAGAACCCUGUCCCCUGUGUUAAAUUUCUAAAUUUAGGGUGCUACGGUCUGUGUCACACUAGUUCGAAGACAGAAAGAUUUGUCCUGCAUAUAUUUUAUUCAGCAUUGCAUAAAAUAAAAAUGUUAAUACAGGCACUACUAGAACAAGCAAAAUACAGCCAUACAAUUAGAGGCAUCAAUAGUUGUGUACAUUUGAAUUACAAUUAAGUUUCAUUUUUUAAAAUGGCCAUUCUAAAUUACAUAUAGGACCCCACCUGAACUCUUCAGAAUUUCCUGGAAUUUUGUACGCUUCUAAAUCCCUCUCCUUGUGUUGCCAUUACAUAUGAAGCUAUUGGAAGCGCAUGGGUCGAAAAUUCCAGUAUUUAGACCAUGAUAAAAACUCAGCAAAACAAUGGCUUUAACAGGAAAAAUUAAACUGUCCAGUAUUAACAAUCACUUUAUAUAAUUUUUUUACUAGAGAUGGCUUAUUGUCAGGUAGGAAUGAUGUGGUUUUAGGCAUAACUGCAUGUUACACUGGUGGAAGUUUUUACAAUUAGGGUAGACAGCUUGAGCUGGCUAUAAUAUCAUCUUAACACUUGUCUAUAUAUUUCAAGUACCUGUUACUGAAGCUGGAAAGCACCAGCUUCGUAUGUUUCAGCAGUUGUGUGUCACAGUAGCACCUCAGUCAACUGCAUUUAGCAAUUAUUACAGGUCAUAUUCUGCUUAUAAAAUCAAAUCAACUAUUCCAGGCAUGUUGGUGAUCUUGGAAAUGUGACUGCAGAUGGUUCAGGUGUAGCAACAGUAUCAAUACAGGACCAUGUUAUUUCUCUCUCGGGGCCACAUUGCAUUAUCGGGCGUACUAUGGUGGUAAGUAUUUCUUUGAGCAACUUCCCUACAAAUUCUGGAAAAAUACAUCAAUAUAAUUUUUUUACCUGUGGAUGGUUUGCUUCAGUACUUUGACCUAGAGGUCUUGGCACAGAGUUGCUGCUUCUGAUUCUCCUUAGACAUGCUUGCUUACAUAAUGUAGGCGCGUUGGGCAUCACCAGCACCAGAAAUGGGCUAAAGCGUAUUGGAAGCCUGGAAUUCUUCUGAGCAUUACUGCACAUGAUCAGAGUCUUGCUAUAAAUUCUGAGGUGAAAAAAUAUCCCAGGUAUUUUAAGGAGCUCCUCACUUUGCUCCAAAGCUUCAUUCUCAGCCUAGCUUGAGAAGCAGUUCAUUAUAAUAUUGCAUGUACUUGGGCAGAGCUGCAGAUGUUUCUGCUGUAAAAUUAUCGCUUAAAAUAUUUUGCUAUACACUACUGAGUACAGGCUUUUGGUGAGGUGCUGGUUCUUUUCAACUGCAAGUGCAAAUUUGGAAGUGUUCUGUCAACCUAAUGGGGAAGCUAGCCAGAUCUGGUUGACUAUAUGUAGUGCGUAGAGUACCCAUAACAGUGGCAGCAAGCCUUGUGGGAAUACACAGCCACUACCCCUAAACAACUUAUUUCCUAACUUAGUUAUUUCUAUGAUGUUUGUAGAUUACUAAUUAUUUGAUGUAUAGUAUUUAUCCUGCCUUGGACCAUUUGCACCAUGUGGUUGAAACUUACUUUCCCUCAAAUUAUUUAUUAAUGUAAUGAUCUCCACCUUAUCUAUCCCUUUUUAGGUUCAUGAAAAAGUUGAUGAUCUGGGUAGAGGAGGAAAUGAAGAGAGCAAGAAAACUGGAAAUGCUGGUGCUCGUCUAGCUUGUGGUGUGAUUGGACUGGCCAAGGCUUAA